AUGGUCAUCGGUCUAUUAACAAUAGCCGCCAUCCCAACGGUAACAGGCGUGUCGCUGGCCACCAGCGAACAGCGCAAAGCCAACCAGCGCAAGGAAGACGAGCGGCGCAUGCGGAAAUUCCACAUCGACGUGGAAAGCGCUGGAGAGACACAAGAGGACAGCGAGGUGAAUGGGAAACGGUUCGUGGUGAGGGAUGAGAAAGUCUAUCUGGACGAUCCCGAAGAAUCGAAUCGCACAACUCCCUCCCAUACCACGCAAGCGUUUUACAUCGAAUACCCCGAGCUGGAUCAUAUGAAACACCUGGACCGAGGGUAUGGACUUGUCACCAGUGUGACACACAUCCCGCCUCUACUGCAUUGGAUCUACGCGGACAAGGAGACACACCAACUCAAGUACGGAAACCGCUCGGGGAGUGCGGAGCAUAUUGUUGGACCAUGGGACUGGACGGACGAAGAGACGACGAUCACGCUGGAAGGCAACCGGCAAUUUGUCGCGGUGCAGGAAGAGGACGGGGCGUGGGCCAUAUACUUUGAUCGAGACCGAGACGAUCUGGAGGGCGUGCUCGAAGAACAGGGGAAACUGGAUAAUGCGUUUGCGCCGAUCAAACUGAAGAAAUCGAUGGUUCCGCAGGCCGUGCUGGAUCUACAAGAGGCGAAGCUGGAGAAAUUCAAGCAGCUUCAGGCGGCCUAUGCGGCGCAGCAAUUGAGGGCUGCUCAGCAAGCAAAAGCGCAGCAGGCUCAACAAGAGCAACAAGGGCAGAGUGAUGAAACAUGA